ACUGAGAUUGACUUUGUGUGUUCAGAGCAGAACCAGAGAAUUCAGAAAUAAUAUUGUGUGUGAGAGAUAUUUUUGAAGAUUGAAAUGGCGUUGGCUAAGACAAAGGAGAUCGUUUCAUCCAACCCGGCCGUGGUGUUCAGUAAGAGCUACUGCCCUUAUUGCACGAGCGUCAAGCAGUUGCUAUCGGAGCUAAAAGCAACUUACAAGGUUGUUGAACUGGAUGUGGAAGGUGAUGGAAGCGAUAUUCAAUCUGCACUCAAAGAGUGGACAGGGCAGAGGACUGUUCCUAAUGUGUUCAUUGGUGGAAAUCACAUUGGAGGCUGUGACGCAACUGUGGCAAAGCACCAGGAGGGGAAGCUUGUGCCCUUGCUUACUGAAUCUGGCGCCCUCACUGUUACUGCUUGAAACCACACAAGGCAGUCAUGAGCACAUAGAAGAUGAAUGGCAGAAACUAUGACUAGUAAUAAUUCGGUUUUCACAGAGGGUUGAUGAGCAUAGUGUUGUGCCUGUGAUUGCAUAUGUAAUAAUAAUAAAAAAAAAAGAACUAUUUGAUGGAAUAAAAUACGUUAGCGGUA